GAUUGGCUUUCAGCUUGGCGCAUCCUUCUGUUAUCCGGAAGAAAUGGCCUUUUCUUACGGAAGUCGGCAGCUUUGAGUCAUAGGAGUGAGCCACACUGUGUGGGGGGCGGCCGUGGGAAGAAGAUGGCGGGGAAGAAGAAUGUUCUCUCGUCUCUGGCAGUUUACGCGGAAGACUCUGAACCCGAGUCUGAUGGCGAAGCCGGAGUCGAAGCGGUGGGCAGCGCGGCCGAGGAGAAAGGUGGAUUGGUGUCUGACGCCUAUGGGGAGGACGACUUUUCUCGCCUAGGAGGAGAUGAAGAUGGCUACGAAGAAGAGGAGGAUGAGAAUAGCAAGCCGUCGGAAGAUGACGAGUCAGAGACUGAGAAACCUGAGGCUGAUGACCCGAAGGAUAACGCGGAAGUAGAAAAGCGAGACCCCCAGGAACUAGUUGCUUCCUUUUCUGAAAGGGUCCGGAACAUGUCACCUGAUGAGAUCAAGAUCCCACCCGAACCCCCUGGCCGAUGCUCAAACCACUUACAGGACAAGAUCCAGAAGCUUUAUGAGCGAAAGAUAAAGGAGGGAAUGGAUAUGAACUACAUUAUCCAGAGGAAGAAAGAAUUCCGGAAUCCCAGCAUCUACGAGAAGCUAAUUCAGUUCUGCGCCAUCGAUGAACUCGGCACCAACUACCCAAAGGACAUGUUCGACCCCCAUGGCUGGUCUGAGGACUCCUACUAUGAAGCAUUAGCCAAGGCCCAGAAGAUCGAGAUGGACAAAUUGGAAAAGGCCAAGAAGGAGAGAACCAAAAUUGAGUUUGUGACGGGUACCAAAAAAGGCACUACGACCAACGCCACAGCCACCACCACCACCACCAGCAGCACAGCUGUCGCAGAUGCCCAGAAGAGAAAGAGCAAAUGGGACUCCGCUAUCCCGGUAACCACGAUAGCUCAGCCCACGAUCCUCACCACCACAGCCACCCUGCCAGCCGUCGUCACAGUUACCACCAGCGCCAGUGGCUCCAAGACCACUGUCAUCUCUGCUGUGGGCACCAUUGUGAAGAAGGCGAAGCAGUGACCAGGGCUGCCCAGGCCUGGAACUGGACAGGAUCACAUACCCCUGCCGCUGGAAGGCGCACCAUGUAUAUUUCAGGACUGAAGCUGCUCACGGAGCCGGCACAAGGCCUCAGCCAUUGGAGAACAUAGCAACCCAGGAGGGGCUUUGUGGCCAACGUGUGUCCUCAUAGCACGUGGGGUCUGCAGCCCUAUUAAAGUACUAUGUUCACAUCCUGCCAUCCCGGAUGGCCCUGCCUCUCCUGCGGCCUGGCCUGUGCAGGAGCUCAAGUGCCCAUCCCUCUCCUUGGGGGUGACUGCCUCAAGAGUGACAGUCGGACAACAGGCGCCUAUGGCACUGCUAAGAAGUCACCUGGUUAUUCUCUGGUGUGGCAGGUGGGAGCUCAGGGAGGGGACGCUGCUCUGCCCCGAGCGCACAGAUUCUCAGGUGAGGUGCAGCCCAGCACCCCCAGACUGCCCAUGGCAUCAGAAUUUGGCUGGAGCAAGAUCCCCCACAGAGGGCCGGCACCUGCCUGAGCAGGGCUGCUACGGCCCAGUACUUGGGAAGCUGGGCCAGCAGGAUCUGCACGCAGCAGAGAUGAAUCACCUCCUGCCCGGUAGUGGCUGCAUAUUGUUUACAGGAGAGCCACUCCCAGGAGGAUCCCACCACCCCACCCUUCCUCUGCCGUUAUCUGUACCCCACAGCAGCCCCAGGCAGCACCCGUGGGCCCCAGGCUCCUCAGGGGGCAGAGUCUGGGGAAGAGUGGUUUCCUUUCUUGCUCUCAGCAACUCUCUUCUUCCAGCAGGAAGGAUGAGUCUCAGAGGAGGAGGCCAGGCUGCUGGCAGGGGCAGCCUGUGCCUGGAGCCAGCAGGUGGUCUCAGGAACUUGAGGUCCCCACAGGAACUGUCAAGUCACUUGUGCCCCUUCCCUGCAUUGGUGAUGACCAACUGCCACCCAAUCCUCUUGACGGGGGAAGCUAGAGGCCGUGUGGCCUCUAGUAGCCCCUCUGGCAGGAGCCAGUGUGUUGCAGACACCAUUGGCCAGUCUUUUUGUUGUAGACCCAGGGGAGGAGCAAACCAGAUGCGUCAGAGCCAGGGUCACCCCUCCCCUCAACUGGGGAACGGGGAAUUCCAAGCCCGGAGGACUGCUCACUUCCCACAGGAAGCCUUUCGAGUUGCCUCUGCUCCCCUCCCACCCCUUCCCUCUGCUUAGCUACAGGAGGAGAUGGUGCCUGCGCACCCUGGGCCCAUUGUAAGGGUCCAGGGUACAUGAGCACUUACUGUGGACAACACCGGGUGUUUAGAGGGGAGGCCCUCCAGCUGUUUCUGCCCAGGCUAUCUUUCCUCGUGUCCUCUGGUCCCACAUUGCUUCCUCCCUGUGAUUCUGACUUGAAUACUGGCUUCAUAGUCCUUGCAGCCCCAGCAGGUGCACACUGGAAAUCCUGCACUCUUGCCAUGUGAUGAGUCGCCUCAGACCUUCCUACAGCUAUGGCUGCUACCUGGGUAACCCCCCCACCUUACAUAGCACACUGCCCCAGCCCGUUUCACAGCCCUCACUGGGUCACUCCCCCUCUGUCCACAGUAGAGCCUCCGCUUUUCUGUGCACAAGCAGCUGCCAGCUUGAUCCCCACCCAACCCCAUGUGCACAUACCGCGUUUGCCCUGUCAGCCACCUUGCCCUUCUCGGCCCACAUUAAUCCCUGCCCCGCCCCCCCAGCGUUGGGUCAUUGCUUCUCCCUCUUGCCUCAGGAGUAAAACUUCCUAUAUUGUCACCUUGGCCUAUGUGGCAAAGGCUGGGACUACUGGUGUCCUAGAUGAGAGCAGAGAGCAGGUGGUUGUUGACAGGUACCUGGUGUUAUGUGGGUACCCACAUGGUUGGGAAGUUGGGUUGCUUGAGGUCCUAAGGUGUGGUCACCACCCCAGCCCCCAAUGCUGUCACUGCCCUGAGUCCCAGCCCUCUUGCCCCCUGUGAACUGCAUCACCUGAGCCUCACAUCUCUGGCCUGCAGGGAGGUUGUGGCAGCCAUGCAUUGGCCAUCCUUGGGCCUAACAAUGGGUACUGGGCGAGUGGGGGGAGAUCUCUAUGGUUCAGCUUUGUACAUGGUUG